UAUAAUCUUGUCAUGUCAUCUAAAUUAUGUUUGAACCUAAUGCUUGUUUCCUACUUUAUUGCGUUUUCUGAAUCUGUAGCUCACACUGUUUGUAUAAUGAGACUGACCUUCUGUGAUGCCAACAAAAUCAAUCACUACUUCUGUGAUAUUCCCCCUUUACUCCAGCUUUCCUGUACGACCACAUAUAUCAACAAGCUUGUAGUUUUUGUUGCUUCUAGCAUCAAUAUCAUCGUUCCCAUUUCAACUAUAUUGAUUUCCUAUGGUUUUAUUCUCUCCAGCAUGUUCCACAUCCAUUCUUCUGAGGGCAGGUCCAAAGCUUUCAGCACCUGUAGCUCACACAUCAUUGCUACUUUUCUAUUCUUUGGUUCAGGUGCAUUUAUGUAUUUCCAAUCCUCCUCAGCUGGGUAUAUGGACAAAGGAAAGAUCUCUUCUGUCUUUUAUACUCACGUGAUACCCAUGAUAAAUCCUCUACUGUAUAGCUUGAGGAACAAAGACAUUAAAGUUGCCCUAAGAAAAACCUUGAGCAAGAGGAACCUUUGA